AUGAAAUUUCAAAUAAUUUCAGUACUCAUUUUCCUUAUGGCAGGAGCAGUAAAAUCAAGUAAACGUCAAAAACGUUUCAUUCUUUUGAAAAGAAUUCUACAGAUGAACGGUGGAGGGGAUUCCUCUCUCUUCCGAGACCCAGCACCUUCGUGUCCACCCAUCUACAUUCAACAGCAAUCACAAACAGCGGCUACUCAGACACCCUACUACACUACUACACCCACUCCUUAUUAUACCACAACAACCACCCCUUAUUAUACUACUAUGCCAACCGCCUAUUAUACAUCGCCGGCUUACAACCCUCCACCAGUAUAUGAGUACACUACACCAACACCUCCGCCAGCUUACAAUAAACCAACUUAUCCACCAAGUAAGCCAAGAUACGAACAGCUACCGACUUACCUCCAAAUGCCACCAAUCUACAAGCCACCUACGCCGUCCGAGCAGAUUUAUAAUCAGCAACAACCUCCGUCAUCGUACCAAUCUCCACUUUUGCCACACCAAAUGUUCUGA